AUGAAAUCUCAAAAUAAUAAUAUUGAAAACCAAAAUGAUAAAAAAAAAAAAUAUUCAUAUAUUAAAAGAUUUAUAAAUUAUUAUUAUCGUGAUGAAGCAUAUCAAAGAUCAGAAAAACAAAUUGAAAAUGAAAAAUUCAUUUUAUUUUCAAUUCCAUUCAAUAGAUGGAUACUAUUUCCAAGUUCAUUACUCGUACAAAUUUGUCUUGGUGCAUUUUAUGGUUGGUCAAUUUUCAAUAAACCAAUUGAUACUUAUAUUUAUAAUGACCCUAUAAAAGGAAAAGCACCAAUUACUUAUUAUAUAACUAUGAGUAUUUUUGGUAUAACAUUAUUAUUUGUUGGACCAUGGUUAGAAAGAAAUGGACCAAAAAAAGGACUUUUAGUUGGUGGUAUAUUUUAUAGUUUUGCUCAUUUUUUUGCAGCAAUUGGAGUUUAUACUAAACAAAUUGUUAUAGUUUAUAUUGGAUAUGGUAUUUGUUCUGGAAUUGGUAAUUCAUUCACUUAUUUAUCACCAGUUUCAACAUUACAAAAAUGGUUUCCAGAUCAUAGAGGAUUAGCAUCAGGUGUUAGUGUUUGUGGUUUAAGUAUGGGUGGUAUUAUCUUUUCUCAAUGCUUAACACCAAUGCUUAAAAAAUUCAAUAUUGUCAUUACUUUUAUAAUUUUAGGUUGUAUAUUCCUUUUUAUAAUACUUUUACAAGCUUUAAUAUUUAGAUUACCACCACCACCAAAUUAUAAUAUUAAUAAUAAUAAUAAUAAUAAUAAUAAUAAUAAUAAUAAUAAUAAUAAUAAUAAUAAUAAUAAUAAUAAUAAUAAUAAUAAUAAUAAUAAUAAUAAUAAUAAUAAUAAUAAUAAUAAUAUUAAUAAUACAGAAACAAACCAAGAAGAAGAAGAAGAAAAUAAAGAAAAUAAUAUUGAAAUUUUAAAAGAACCAGAUUUAAAUAAAAUGACAAUUAUUGAAUCAAUAACUAGUUAUGAAUUUAGAAUAUUAUAUAUUAUGUUUUUUGCAAAUGGUGUAUGUAGUAAUAUAAUUAGUUCAAGACUUGCAGAUUUUGUUCAAGAUAUAUUUUAUAAGGAUGUAAAAACAGCAUCUAUGGUGGUUUCAGUUACUAGUGUAUUUAAUUUUUUAGGUAGAAUUUUAUUUCCAAUAAUUUCUGAAAAAAUUGGUAGAAGAGAAUCAUUUAAUAUCAUAUUAACUAUACUGUUUAUAAUAUUUUGGUUAAUUACAAAGAUUAUAAGUGAGCAUAGUUUUGGUGGAUUCAUAUCACUGAUUUGGGUAUACUCGUUUAUGUAUGGUGGUGGGUUUGGUGUUGUACCUGCAUUUUUAACAGACUUGUUUGGUACAAAGAAUAUUAGUACUUGUCAUGCUUUAAUUUUAACAUCUUGGAAUCUGUCUGGAGUUUGUGGGGGUUUCAUUUUCACUGGAAUCUACGAUACUUUAAGAAACCAGUAUCAUUAUAAAGUUGAUAAUCCAAUUUUAUAUAAUAUUAAUUUUUAUUGGGUUUCAUGUGUAAUCAUGGUAGGUUGGGUCUGUUCAUUUUUCAUACCUGUAAAAAUAAAAUAUAGACUCUAUCCACCAAUACCAAAUCAAUUAUUACAAUUCACAAUAUUUAAUAGAAUUUUCAGAAUAAUUAAAAAUAAAAAAAAUCCAUUUCAAUUGGUUUCAAAAGAAAAAGAAAAUGAAGAAUGGAAUAAUUAUUUAAUAAAUUAUAAUAAAUCAUUAAAUUUAGAAAAUAAUAAUGAUAAUAAUAAUAAUAAUAAUAAUAAUAAUAAUAAUAAUAAUAAUAAUAAUAAUAAUAACAAUAUUAAUACUCCAACUUCAUCCUCCUCAAAUUCUAAUAAUAAAAUUAUAUAA